UUCCGGCGGAGGGCUGGUGGUCAAUAUCUGCUGCUGUUGUUGCUGUACGGGGUGGGCUUGUACAGGGUAGCCCGCAAAGGCUCCCGCAGCGCCAGCAUGACGAGCACCGUAAGAGGCCGACAGAGCAGCACUGGAUGGAAGCAUUCCUAGCAAUGACACAGUUAUCGUUGUGUGUUGUCUCCUCGUCUUCCCCCAGCGUGCGGGUGCGUGUCGCCGCCUUCAGACGGCUCUCCGCCGCCGUGAUUAUCGCUGCUUUUAUAGGAGAGGGAGAAGAACCUCUUCGGGGACACUCCGGGCGGUUUCCCGGGGUUUCGAUCCGUCUGGAUGUUUGGACUGUGGUUCUCUUCUAUAAUCCAUGGAUUGCAAAUAUUCGCGGCCCGAAUUGUCGGGUGUGGCCAAUGGUAUAUGACAAUAAAAAAAAAAUUUUAUUGUCAUAUACCAUUGGUGGCCUCUGCUGUCUGCUGCUAUAGCUGCUGUGCACUGCUCUGCGUUGCUGUGUCGGGCGAAGCAAACAACGAUGGCUCUCUCGAUUCGGCAGGCAACAGUGGAUGACCUCAUCCAGAUGCAGACGGCCAACCUGUGGUGCCUGCCGGAGAACUACCAGAUGAAGUACUACCUCUAUCAUGUCCUCUCCUGGCCGCAGCUGCUCUUCGUUGCCGAGGACCACAAGGGUAAGAUCGUGGGAUACGUGUUGGCGAAGAUGGAAGAGGACGCCAAUGUUCCGCCGCACGGGCACAUCACCUCCCUCGCGGUUCUACGCACACACCGAAAGAGAGGUAUAGCCACCCGCCUGAUGCGCUGCAGCCAGUUGUGCAUGCAGGAGUCCUUCGAAGCCCGCUACGUGUCGCUGCACGUGCGCGAGAGCAACAGGGCGGCAUUCCACCUCUACAAGACGACGCUGGGAUAUCAGAUCAACGACGUCGAGAAGGGCUACUACGCAGACGGCGAAGACGCGUACGACAUGCGCCUCCCCUUCCCCCAGAAGGGGCAGUCCUACGGGGCCAUGACCCCGCUCAAGCAGGUGGUGGCCGUCAAGCGAAAGGAGGAGGCGCCCAAGGCGUCCGCGCCCGUGGCGGCGGGGGGGGCAGCGGUAGCGGCAAGAGAGGGCGAGGGUCAAGGAGGGGAGGGGGGCGCGGAAGGCGUGGAAGAGAUCGCGAGUAGCAUGGGAGAGUUGUCGGUAGGUGCGGGUGCUGAAAAGGCAUAGCGCGAGAGAAAAAAACUUUGACGAGGUUGUGUGAACUACGAGGGCUUUCGUGUUCAUCCUCCUCUGCUACCUGCCCACGGACACGCACGUGUGUACGUUUUUCUCUUUGUGGAAGACAGUGUUGUGCUGUGGCCGCUGGUGCUUUGUUGUAGAGAGUCUACCCGAGAAUGUUGAAGAUUUGGUGCGAUAGACUUCCUGCGGCACGCAGUAUCUUGCGUUGAAAGGUGAUCUUUUUAGCGACGCGCACGAGUUUUUUCUUUGUGGAAGGCAUUGUUGUGCUGUGACCGCUUGUUUUUGGAGUUUCUAGGCGAGAAUCUUGAAGAUUCGAUGCGAUUGGUGUUCUGCGGCACUCAGUAUCUUGUGUUGGAAGCCGAUCUUUUUAAGCGCUGGUGAUCUUGAGAGCUCAAUUGAAGUGUCAGCACCACUGUCUUGUAUGAAGUCCUGCCAGCGAAGAUCUCAGGGCGUUCCGGGGGGUUGCUUGUGCCGGUGGCUUCGCAGUUGAUUACCACGAUACGGCAUACCAUAGAGUCGACCGAGUGUGCUCCGGCUUGUCAAAAGUGAUCGUAUAAGGGCAGGUAUUGUAAGUAGAGACUUUAGCCCAUCGUCUCGCGAUGUUGACGCAGUCGUCCUGCGACAAUGUACUGCUAUAGGGCGGUAGCAAUGCCGGCGAAGGGCCCUGCGGGCAGGUUUGCCACAACAAGCUGUGAGCUCUGCGACCUGUGGUCAUCAGGUUGUUCCGUCACGCCUGGAUGCUUACGCUUCUUACUGCUGUCUAC